UUAAUCGCUAGUUCUUCAGGAACUUAGUUUGCAGCCGGCUUGUUUGGGAGAAGGUCCGAAUCUUCUGAGGCAGCUCGGGACACCGAGAAGGAUCCCCAAUAUAUUUGGGGCUUCAACCCCUGCAACCUUCACUUUACUAGCUGUGUCAUCUUGGCCUCCAGCUUCUUGAAUCGUGUGUGGCAAUCUCACGUGGAGUCCUGUAACUGAACGCGGGAUUCGUGAAAUUGUGAUUUCUUGUUUGUUCGAGAGGAGAAAGCUUAGCCUGGGAGAAGACUCCAAAGGUCCCAUCCUGGCUGAAAUAGCAAGAAAAGCUGUCUUCCAAGACAGAAAUGAACAAUCGUUCUAAAGUGUCCAAGAAAAACAAAGAAGUAGUUGUUGUGAGGAAAUCCGUGCGUCUUAUGAUGAAGCAGCAGAAGGCAGCCAAGAAGCAGGUGGCCCAGGAGGAGCCUGAGGUGAAAGUCGAGGCCAAGAAGGAACAAGGCCAGAAGAAGAAGCCUGGCCAGGAUGGCAAGGCCAAGCGUGGCACUCCAGUGGGCAGUCACAGCCAGAUUGCUUCUAGUGACCAGCCUGGCCCUAGUGGCCAGACGGAAUCCACUGACCAGAUUGCCUCCAGCAACCAGGCCCGCCCCAGUGGCCAGACCGAAUCCACUGACCAGAUUGCCUACAGUGACGUGACCAGCUCCACUGACCAGGUCACCUUCAGUGUCCCAACUGGCUCCGGCAGCCCGAUCAUCUCCCGUGGCCGGACCAGACUUCGCAUGUGGAGUGGCCCCCGCCGCCAGAUAAGUGCCCGUGUCCAGAUGGGCCCCCAGGAGCCGAUUGACAGCGAACGUCAGACCAGUCCCGGAGAAGAGAUCAGCACCCGUGGUCGUGGCCCGGGCCGCCCCCGAGGCCCGGGCCGCCCUCGUGGCCCAGGACGCCCCAGAGGCCCAGGACGCCCCAGAGGCCCAGGACGCCCCAGAGGCCCAGGACGCUCUCGUGAUGUAACCAGCUCCCGCAGCCAAGAAGGCACUUACAGCCCAGAAGGCACUCACAGCCCAGAAGGCCCUCGUGGCCAAGAGGGCCCUCGUGGCCAAAAAGGCCCUCGCGACAAAGAAGGCCCCCGUGGCCAAAAAGGCCCCCGCGACAAAGAAGGCCCCCAUGGCCAAGAAGGCCCCCGUGGCCAAGAAGGCCCCUGCGGCCAAGAAGGCCCCCGUGACCAAGAGGGCCCCCGUGGCCAAGAAGGCCCCCGCGACCAAGAAGGCCCCCGUGGGGGCCGUGGCCAAAAAGGCCCCCGUGGCCAAAAAGGCUCCCGAGGUCAAGUUGGCCCCCGCGGCCAAGAAGGCCCCCGCAGCCAAGAAGGCCCCCGCGGCCAAGAAGAUCCUCGCGGCCAAGAAGACCCACGCGGCCAAGAAGGCGCUCGUGGCCAAGUCAUCCCACGCGGUCAAGAGGGCCCCCACGGCCAAGAGGGCCCCCGCGGCCAAGAGAGCCCCCGUGGCCAAAUCGGCCCCCGCGGCCAAGUCGGCAUCCGUGGCCAAGUCGGUCCCCGCGGCCAAGUCGGCCCUCGUGGCCUCCGUGGCCAAACCGGCCCCCGUGGCCAAGUCGGCCCCCGUGGCCAAGUCGGCCUCUAUGGCCAAGCCAGAUCCUAUGGUCAAGUUAGCCUCUUUGAGCAGGCAGGAUCCUACAGCCAAAUCAGCCCCUAUAGCCAGUCUGGCCCCUAUGACCAGGCCAGGCCCUACAGCCAAACAGGGCCCUAUGACCAGGCCGGCACCUUCGAUCAGGCUGGGCCCUAUGUCCAAGCCGGCACCUUCGACCAGGCUGGGCCCUAUGUCCAAGCCGGCACCUUCGACCAAGCUGGGCCCUAUGUCCAAGCCGGCACCUUCGACCAGGCUGGGCCCUAUGUCCAAGCCGGCACCUUCGACCAGGCUGGGCCCUAUGUCCAGGCCGGCACCUUCGACCAGGCUGGGGCCUAUGGCAAAACUGGCUCCUUUGAUCAGGUUGGGCAAUAUAGCAAAGCUGGCUCCUUUGAACAGGCUGGGUCCUAUGUCCAAGCCACCGCCUUUGAACAGGUUGGGCCCUAUGUCCAAGGUGGCUCCUUUGACCAGGCUGGGCUCUAUGGCAAAGUCAGCUCCUUUGACCAGGUGGGGCAAUAUGGCAAAGCCGGCUCCUUUGACCAGGUGGGGCAAUAUGGCAGAGCCAGCUCCUUUGAACAGGCUGGGCAAUAUGGCAGAGCCGGCUCCUUUGAACAGGCUGGGCAAUAUGGCAGAGCCAGCUCCUUUGAACAGGCUGGGCAAUAUGGCAGAGCCAGCUCUUUUGAACAGGCUGGGCAAUAUGGUAGAGCCGGCUUUUUUGACCAGGCUGGGCAAUAUGGCAAAGCCAGCUUUUUUGACCAGGCUGGCUCUUAUGGCAAAGUCAGCUCCUUUGACCAGGCUGGGUCUUAUGGCAAAACCGGCUCCUUUGACCAGGUUGGGCAAUAUGGCAAAGCCAGCUUUUUUGACCAGGCUGGGUCUUAUGGCAAAGCCAGCUCCUUUGACCAGGUUGGGCAAAGUGAUCAAGCCAGCUCCUUUGAACAGGCUGGGCAAAGGGACCAAGUUAACCCUCAUUCAGUUCAACCAGCUGUGAAGCUCCCACGGGGCAAGAAAGGUAUGCAGAAGUACGAUAAGAAAGGAAGACUGACCCUGAAUGGCGAAGACCUCUGCGACUGCCUGGAUAGAAUGUGCGUGGGCUGUUUCUACCCAUGCCCCAAGUGCCAGUCCACCAAGUGCGGGCCCACCUGCCGCCGCAACCGCAAGUGGAUUUACGAGGACAUUACCGAGGAGGGUGGAGAAGUGGUCAGGACCUUCCCUUUUCCUCAUGCUAAGUAUUAAAGGAGUCAGAAUUUUCCUGUGACUCUUCCUCAGAGUCUCUCUUCUGCAGCUUGUGAAAUGGAAAAAAAUAUAUAUAUACGUAUAUAUUUCAGAUAGUUAUGAGAUUCCAGAACAGAAGAAUAUAUAUUGUUAAGUUGACAGCAUAUAAAAAAGAAUAAAAAAAUUU